GCUACAUCAGUGAGUGUUUGCUGCACCUGAGCUUCAGCGCUAGCUAGCUAGCUAGCUAGGUAGGUGAUUGACUUGGGAUGGACGGUCUAAACUACUGUCUGUGGAUUUCGCUGGCUUGCAUCCAUCCUUGUCAUGCAUUUCAAACCACAAGCUGUUUAACAGUGUACCAUGUAGCCUGCUACUUGGUAACUUUUUACUGAAGGAAACAGCAUCACUUGCAAAUGCAACUCCCUUGGAUCUAGCUAGUGUAUGGACAUGGAUUAUGAUGAGGUUCCGUCGGAGUUGGAUCAGAUUGCCCUGCGUCUGCAGGAGGGCGGCCUGGCUCACUCGGCAAGUCCGGAGGAGUGUCAGCGGCACCUGUGGCGUCAGCUCCUGCAUUGUGAGGGAGACCUGCGCACAGCUACCCAGGAGCUGCACACGCUGCGCACACAGCAGGCCACCGAGAUGAAAGAGGUGGAGAACUAUGUGGAGCACAUCCGUGGCCUGCUGGAGGAGCGUGAGUCUCUGACAGCCGAGUAUGAGCGGGACAACGAGCAGCUCCAUGCAGACCUCCAGCAGAUUAGGCUCCAGCAAGAUUCACAGAGGAAGGAGGUGGUGGAGAUGCUGGCCCAGGAGGACUUGGGUGAAAUUGGCCUCAGCAGCACCAGUGAGCAGGUGGCCUACCUGCUGGUGGAGAGGGCCACGCUGUUGGAGAGACUGGAGGCUGCAGAGAGGAGGCUGGACACGCAGAGCCUCACAGGCAACCUCAGGGAGGUCCACCUGCAGGACGAGCUGGAUCAUAUUCGCCACACUAUGGAGGAAGAGUUAAGACAGCAGAGGGAGACCAUGCAGUGUACCAAAGAAAGCAUGAACCAGGAGCAGCAGUCUCCAGCUCAGAGGCCUUGGAAGAAGCUGUUUGGCCUACGCAAGUCCUCACAGAGCACACACAAUGGUGCCCCUGUCCGCAAUGAGGACGUAUCCCAGGAGCGUUCCGAGCGCCAGCGGCUGGAGAGGGAUCUGGAGGAGGCAGCUCGGAGGCUUUCCAUGGCCCACGAGGACAUCCGCAGACUGACAGACGAGCUGGAAUCUGCCAAGAAGACCCAGGCCAUGUGUGGACCUGAGCUUGAGCGAACUGGUCAAGAGGUGGAGAGCCUGAGGAAGGAGGUGGACAAGCUGAAGCAAUGUGAUAUGCUGGAGCUGCAGAGAGCGAAGGAGCACAACGAAAGACUGGAUGGGGAAAUCCGGGUUCUGAGAGAGCGAGUGCGCUCCCUGGACUCUGAGAAGAAAACCCUGUUACAGAUGGGGGAGGGCAAUGGCAGUGAGCACCAUAAAGACCUGCCUACGCUGUUGUUGACAACAUCGACACCUGACGAACAGGAGCAGAUUCAUAAAAGGUGUCGCGAGGCUGUGGAGGACGUGGGCAGCCAGCUGCGGGAGCUGCAGCGGCGCAUGCAGAGGCAGCAACAGGAGCAGGAGGAGCUGGUGGAGAGGAACGAAGAGCUGGAGGCGCUACUGGGAGAGGCCCAGAAUGCCAGCAAGGAGGAGUGCCAGCGCCACGAGGGAGAACUCGAGGGACUGCACCGCAAGAUUAAAAGCCUAGAGGCAGAGCUGAAGAAGAUAUGUGCUCAGGACCAGGUACUGAAGGAUGGAGGUGUCGUAGGCAGAGAGACUGAGACGUACUUACAUCAGUUGAGGGACAGCAGCCAGGAGAGGGUGGCUCUGCUGGAGGCUCGUCUGACCGAGGAGAAGGAUUGGAGGAGACAGCUGGAGGUGGACCUUGGCGCUGCCCAGGCUGCACUCAAAAAGAACAAAGAGACACUGCAGAGAGAUGAGAGGGAGCUGAGGACGUUGCGAUUGGAGCUGCAGGGCCUGCAAACUGAAUGUCAACAAGGGAAAACCCUCAUCAAGAGCCUAAUGCAAGUUAAAGGGGAAAAGGGAAUUUUGGAAGAGAAAGUGGCCCAGUUGGAGCGCGCUCAGAGCAGACUCCAGAGUGACCGGGAGCGCCAGACAGACAGCAGCCAGACCGAGAGUAGCCAGACCCAGGAGGACCUGAGGGAGAGCAGGACGCAGGUGGCAGAGCUGGAGGCCAAAGUGGAGCAGCUCACUUUGGAGCUCUCCUGCUUGGAGGAAGAGCAUUGCACACGGAGGGAUGAGAUGGCGCAGGAGAGGAGGCGGGCCGCAGACCUCCAGGCCCAGCUGAGUGAGAGGGUCCGGGAGAAGCUGACGGCUGAAGGGGAGAAGGAGAGACUGGGCAUCGAGGUACUCCGGCUCAGGGAACAACUCCAACUCUCCACCCAGACCCGGCAGGAGACAGCAGGGCUCACCAGGUCCAGACAGGACACCCCAGAACCAGACUACAGCUUCCUGCUAGCAGAGAGGACCAAAGAUGAAUGCCUCAACCAGCUGGCGUCUCUGAAGUGUGAGCUGAGUCGUCUGCACGCCAUCCUGGAGGAGGAGCGGCAGCUGGCCACUCAGCACCAGCUGGCCCUGCAGGCCCAGGUCAACGAGGCCCAGGCCCGCACUAAGUCCCAGGACUCCGUGCUGGGGCAGAAAGCUGAGGAGAGCAAGCAGCUGAAGCAGGACAUCCAGAGAGCACAGAGUCUGUUCACCUCGGCUGAGAGGGAGCUACGCUACGAGAGAGAGAAGAACCUGGACCUCAAGAGACACAACGCCCUCCUGGACCAGGAGAAAAUCAAGGUGUGUGCGGAGCUGAAGCAGGCACAGGCAAAGCUUUCCCAGGCAGAGCAGAGUGGCUCGGGGCAGGCUGCGGAGACGGAGCGGCUGCAACACAGGCUCCGAGAGCUGGAACUGGAGCUGGCCCGCAGCGGGCAGAGCCGCAACACCAACGCCAGCCUGCAGGAGGAGCUCCAAGCAGAGAGAGCCCGCGUCAUCUCCGCAGACAAGAAGGUGUUGGAGCUGCAGCAGCAGCUGAAGCGUGCCCACCACCAGCUCCGUCUGGAGGAGGCCCGGGCUGGGGAGACCAGCCGGCUAGAGAGGGACAGUAGGGACAUGUCCGACACCCUCUCCUCUCUCCGAGCCAGACAGCAGGAGGACCAGCUCCAGAGGAAGCUGUUGGAGCAGAGGGAGGAGGAGCUGCAGCAGCAGGUGCGUUCUCUGAGGGGGAAGGAGGCGUCGCUGGGACGCAGCAACUCCGAGCUCAGACACCUCACACAGCAGCUGGAGACACGCCUGGCCGUGGUGGAGGCCGAGCAUGGCAAGGCCAGAGAGGAGCAGAGAGAGAGCCAGAGGACGUGUCUUCAGCUGGGAGAGGAGCUGGUGGCCAGUCAGCAGGAGAGUGACCGGCUCCAGGAGGAGCUCCAGCAGGUCAUCACGCAGCUGGACACGCACAUCAGGAAGUACAAUGAGAAACAGUCACAGCACAAGACCAAGCUGAGGAAGGCCAAGCAGAUCUUCCUGAAGGCCACGGCCCAGAGAGACCGCACCAUCCAGAAACUGGAGAACGACCUGGCCCUGGCCUCCAGCCUCUCCCACAAGGAGAAAGACUGGAUCAGGACAGUUAUGGAGGAGAAUGAAAAAUUGCUGGUAGAGAAGAGAGAACUUCUGAGGAGGAUGAGCGAGGCAGAGGAGAUGGAAAGCAAUGGCCUGAGAAAGGCCUCCAAUGUUCAGCAUAGGGUCAACUUUCUGGAGGUGGAGAACAGACAACUUCAGGAAAUAACUUUAAAGUUGGCCAAUCAAGUCGGAACACUAGAGCGGGCUCUGAGGAACGUCCAAUCACCAUCGCUCUGCAACAUAGAGGAUAUCAAGAAAAUGUUUCCUUCUGAAAGUCUUCCGAACGACAGCGUCCUUCAUGCGUCAACAUUAAGUCUGACAUCAGGUGCGUGUGACCCUCUGGGCAUCCUCGAUGCCAUCUGCCGGGGGAAGGUGGGCGAGCGCGUGGAGGGCAUCCGGAUGUCGUCCUCCACGCCCCAUUCCCAGUCGCAGUCCUUUGAACUGGGCUACCUGAACCUCACCUCCCCUGUAGCUCCCCCAGACACCAAAGACCCAGAGGAGAGUGACCAGUGACCAGGAAGUGAUCAGUGUGGGGAGUGACCAGGUAUGAGGAAGGGGUUAAAGGGUGGUGAGGACCCUGGUAUACAAAAUGGCUGCUCCAUUGACCACAGGAGAAUCUGUCACUGUUACUCUAGUCUUGUGUUACCAUUCUUCCAAGUCUCUAAGGAAGCCUGGAAGGCUACUGUUACUUACCUGUGAGGUGUUGACCUGAGUGGUGAUUUUAAAAGACAAUCAUGUCAUUGUGUACAAAAUAGACAGUUGUGAGAAUGUUUUAGGCGAUGCCUCCAAUGUAACGACAUUCAGGGUCUUUUCUGCUUUGCCUGUGGAACACGGUUGAAAUGACUCCCUCAUUUGGCUUGCAGCUGCUGCUUUCUCUCCCUUGUGUUCACAGUGGGAUGUUUGAAAAAUGAGCUUUUGGGGGUUUGGCUGGUUAAGCCUGUGGGAGUGUGUCAAUGGCAAACAUUGAAAAUAGUAUUUUUAACAAUUACUUGCGUAAUUUGAGCUUCAGUGCAACUAUUCGAAGUGGAAGUAGUUAACUAAGGUACGGUCCUUUUGUGGAUGCACUAAAUGUGGAUGCACUUAAUUUGAGAUCCUCCAAAUGCUACAAUGGUCUUUGUAUUCAGAAAAUAAAGCCAAACUGAACAUGGAGCCUUAUAAAGGUCUGGAGGUGGUAUGACUACAUUUACAUUGAAUCAAAUAUGUGUCUUUGUAUUCAAGGGAAAGACCGGCAACCUUUAAAAAAAAUGGUACUGGAUACUAGCAUCACAAUUUCUACACUAAUACAGUGAGGUCCAGAAGUAUUUGUACAGUUACUCAUAAUUUGUUGUUUUGGCUCUGUACUCCAGCACUUUGGAUUUGAAAUGAUACAAGGACUGAGGUUAAAGUGCAGACUG